GCAGGUUGGAUUUAUCCUGCAGUGUAAAUGUCAAUACCUGUAAUGAACAUGUCCUAUGGACCGCCUCAAUCUAAUGAGCUAUUCUUUGAGUUUUCUCUCUAACAGCAGGUCAGAGCCUCUCAGUGAAGGAGGUGUGGCCUCUGUGCCCGUCAGUCCCAGUGAAGGAGGUGUGGCCUCUGUGCCCGUCAGUCCCAGUGAAGGAGGUGUGGCCUCUGUGCCCGUCAGUCCCAGUGAAGGAGGUGUGGCCUCUGUGCCCGUCAGUCCCAGUGAAGGAGGUGUGGCCUCUGUGCCCGUCAGUCCCAGUGAAGGAGGUGUGGCCUCUGUGCCCGUCAGUCCCAGUGAAGGAGGUGUGGCCUCUGUGCCCGUCAGUCCCAGUGAAGGAGGUGUGGCCUCUGUGCCCGUCAGUCCCAGUGAAGGAGGUGUGGCCUCUGUGCCCGUCAGUCCCAGUGAAGGAGGUGUGGCCUCUGUGCCCGUCAGUCCCAGUGAAGGAGGUGUGGCCUCUGUGCCCGUCAGUCCCAGUGAAGGAGGUGUGGCCUCUGUGCCCGUCAGUCCCAGUGAAGGAGGUGUGGCCUCUGUGCCCGUCAGUCCCAGUGAAGGAGGUGUGGCCUCUGUGCCCGUCAGUCCCAGUGAAGGAGGUGUGGCCUCUGUGCCCGUCAGUCCCAGUGAAGGAGGUGUGGCCUAUGUCAGUGGUUUCCAAAGUGGGGGCUGCCAGGGGGCCUCAACAAUUUGGUGUGAAAAAUAAAUAAAUACAUCUUGCAAAAGUGGGCCUCGAUCAAAUUUUAACACCGUUUGUGGGGACUUGCCAUGGAGAAGUUUGGGAACCCCUGGCCUAUGUGCAUGUCAGUCUAAGUGAAGGAGGUGUGGCCUCUGUCACUCAGUCCCAGUGAAAGAGGUGUGGCAUUUCUCUUUUUGUUUUAUAAGAUAAAAUUGUUUGAAAAAUACUGAUUUGACUACAUUUUGCUAUUAACACACCUGUGAAUCAUUCUGAAGUUACAAUAAAACAUAUAAAAGAUAUGAUGUUAUGAAAGUGAGGAAUGUAAAUCUGGACCAGUUGGGCUGUCCCAGGAGUUUAAGGUUUCAAUAAUGAGGUGUCAGAACUGAUAAGCUUCCUCAGAUGAGCAGUGAAAUGUCUUCCAAGUUCUUCAGUCCAGCUACAUUAACACAAUUCAAAACAUUCCAAAUAACCUGGAUGCCUUU